AUGACAUUCUAUACGAAAGGUUCCCGCUCACAGAGUUCCAUCUCCCGUUCCCUGCAGCGAGCAGAGAUUUUAUUCAGGAGCACUUUUAAUCCCAGUCUUAAGUGGCUGUUCCAUGGCCGCAGUCAGGAUGAGGAAGAAGAAGGAAACUUUGUUGUUGCUCACAACCUUGUGUCCCGAUCCUCUGCACGCCUCCUGCGUCUGCAACAAGCUCUUCUGGCUGUAGCACCACAGUGGCAGCCGGUCAGCAGGGCACAGAUGGGGUCUCCUCAGGUAUGUGUUAAAGGCUUUCCAGCAGAGGGCGGUGUUCUCCUCCUGUCCUCCUCCUCCUUCCUGCAGGGCUACCACAGAGCUCUGUGUAGACUCCUGGAGGAGCACUCUCUCCUGCUCUUCAUUCAUGAGUACACCAGGAGGGCUCGCAUAACAGCAGCCUACAUAUCCAGAGUGAGCCAGCUGCUCAACCAGAACAUGUCCAGCUUCUCUUCAUUCAGGGUGGGCUUUGGCUCACUGUGUCAGGAGCUGCGGGUGCAUCUCAAUCACUGGUCUUGCCUGUCUUCCAAAGUGCAGUCUGACCCCUAUCUGAGACCUGCUCUGGUCCAGCAGACCAAGCUGCUGCUAGAAAUCAGACAGACUCUGGACUUAUUGAGCCUGCAGGCGCUGGUUGUGAUGGAACAUUAUGUGCAUAUAGUUCUGUCUGCUAUAGCCCAGACUGAACUAGACAGUGUACCAAGAGAAGUGCUGGAGGAUAUUUUAGCUGGUACAGACCUGUAUAGCCAGGCAGUGGAGGAGCAGAGAGCACAGACCAGCACCACCCAGCUGAGGACUAUGGUAUUACAACAUGCACAUUCUUCACCACUGGAUUGUAGUCUUACCAGCAGCAGAGGGUAUCACCCCACUGCCUUCUCAGUCAAAGAGCUGAUGAAGUUUUUAGCAGUGCAUCAUGCAGAUAUGGCAGCUAAGUAUCUACACCGCUGGGCCUCUGAGCAGAGCUAUCACAUCUGUAAAGUCCACGCGUUCUCUGAUAAGCCCAUCAGUCAGGUGUCCAGGCUGAGCUGUGGGACCUUCACACUGAGAUCUAAGUGGACCUGGGAGCAGCUUCAGCAUUCCUCUCCUCUAUCCUCUAUUACUCCUCUCUCCCCUCUGCAGUCAUCUGCUCAUCACAAUUACCAUAAAACUCCUCCUGUGUACAACCCUGACCAGCAUCCUUCGUUAGCCAAGUCCACCCUUGUCCUACAAAGACCAGAGUUCCCUCAUAACGACCAAACCAGAAGUAACUUUCCCAACCAGUGCCAAAUAUGCGUAUACCAGACCAAUGUGGAUGCUUUGAACUCUCAUCUUAAAAACUCAAAUCUAGAAAAACAGACCAGUUUAGAAAUCUGUAAUCUAUUACAGACUGCGACACCCCCUUCAGCCUCCCUCCAUCACCUCUCAUCCCUGCCUUGGUUUUGCCAACAGGACCAGUCCUCUGUAGAGCUACUUUUUCAGGUGCUUGUUUCCUCCAAUGACCUACUAGCUCCACUGGUAUCAUAUACACCAACACCAGAAGCAUCCGUCGAACAAAUGCUCCCACAUACAAAACCAACAGAUGUGCCAUCGCAAAAUGGAAAGACUGACCCGCUGAUUUCCAAUUCUCCAAUCACUGAUUCAGUGGAGUUAAAUGGACUGAGAACAGAACUGAUUGAGGGUCAACAUUUGGAGGGAAGUCAGCAGGCAGGGGCUGAGCUGGAAACAACAACCAGGCCUGAAGCCACUGCCAGCUCAGGCUUUGGGAAGGAUGGAGACCCAAAGAAAGAGGAGAGUGUGGGAGCAGAGGGGACAACAGUGGAGCCAGACUGUGUUCGUCAGUCUCGUUCGGUCCAGUGGUUAGACAUGGAUCAGUCGCUGGUGUUUGAUGAUCUGUUUGGACAGUACCGCACCCUGCUGUGGAGUCUGUGCAGCAAAGCCCUGUGGCUGCAGCUGCAUGUGCCACCGGCAGGAAACAAUGCAGGAAGCAUCAAUCUCCAUGACAACCACAGGAGGUUCCAGAUCCUGAACAUGAUCAGUCAAGCUUCAAAGAUGGAUCUGAUUCCAAAUGAGUGCAGAACCAUGCUGGAGGACUUCAGUCUGUGUUUUUUAGUCAACACAGCACAUGCUCAUUGGGACUAUGUAAUGUGCAGAAGUUUAGGUUCAGCUCUGAAAGAUAAGUGUCUCACAGAUGUAAAUCACAGUAUCAGGUGUCUGACACUGUCAUCUAAGCAAGAUGGAAGUAUGAUGAUGUCAGAGACCAUGGAGCACCUCCUGCAGCUGUCCCCUCCUUUCCUGUCCUCCCUGUGCUGCCAUCAGUCAAACAGCAGGGCUUCAGAUAUCAGUAAGUAA